CACGGCGAGACCUCGGAAGUACACCAGUGGGUGCCGUUUUCCACAUCCGGCUCGGUCACUUCCGGGUUCCUCCGCAAGUUAGGCCCUGACCACGCGGAACCUUUUGAAACACCUCCCGUAAACAAGCGCCGCGGGGACACCGGAGGAGAGCGCACACCACUCUCCGCGUGCUAUUUGCAUGGAGCCGCACGGGCGGAGGUGAAUGUUCUGCCGACUUCUUCCUCUACCGUGAAUGGAAUGGAUGUCCUAGCCGAGGAGUUCGGGAGCCUGAGUCCGGAGCAGCUGGCUGCGCCGAUCCCGACGGUGGAGGAAAAAUGGAGGCUACUUCCAGCAUUUUUAAAGGUCAAAGGCCUCGUGAAACAGCACAUAGACUCCUUUAACUAUUUCAUUAAUGUAGAGAUAAAGAAGAUAAUGAAAGCCAAUGAAAAGGUUACAAGUGAUGCUGACCCCAUGUGGUACUUAAAAUACCUUAAUAUCUAUGUCGGACUUCCUGAUGUUGAAGAAAGCUUCAAUGUAACUAGACCAGUGUCCCCUCAUGAGUGCCGUCUGAGGGACAUGACAUACUCCGCCCCAAUCACAGUGGACAUUGAGUAUACCCGAGGUAGCCAGAGGAUAAUCCGCAACGCCUUACCAAUUGGCAGAAUGCCCAUCAUGCUCCGAAGCUCAAACUGUGUUCUGACGGGGAAAACGCCGGCAGAGUUUGCCAAACUGAACGAGUGUCCACUAGACCCAGGUGGCUACUUCAUUGUUAAAGGAGUGGAAAAAGUCAUUCUUAUCCAAGAGCAGCUGUCCAAGAACAGGAUCAUUGUGGAGGCCGACAGGAAAGGGGCCGUUGGAGCUUCAGUCACCAGCUCCACCCAUGAGAAGAAAAGUCGAACCAACAUGGCUGUGAAGCAAGGGCGAUUCUAUCUGAGGCAUAACACCCUGUCUGAAGAUAUACCCAUUGUCAUCAUAUUUAAGGCCAUGGGUGUUGAGAGCGACCAGGAAAUCGUGCAGAUGAUUGGAACAGAGGAGCACGUGAUGGCCGCAUUUGGGCCCAGCUUGGAGGAAUGCCAGAAAGCUCAGAUCUUCACCCAGAUGCAGGCAUUGAAGUAUAUAGGGAAUAAAGUAAGAAGACAAAGAAUGUGGGGAGGUGGACCAAAGAAAACCAAAAUAGAAGAAGCAAGAGAACUCCUGGCUUCUACCAUUCUGACCCACGUACCAGUGAAGGAAUUCAAUUUCCGGGCUAAGUGUAUCUACACUGCAGUGAUGGUGCGAAGGGUGAUCCUGGCCCAAGGAGACAACAAGGUCGAUGACAGAGACUAUUACGGCAACAAGCGACUGGAGUUGGCAGGACAGCUCUUAUCUCUUCUUUUUGAAGAUUUGUUUAAAAAGUUUAAUUCAGAAAUGAAGAAGAUUGCAGACCAAGUGAUUCCUAAACAGAGAGCAGCCCAGUUUGACGUCGUGAAACACAUGCGCCAAGACCAGAUUACCAAUGGCAUGGUCAAUGCCAUCUCCACGGGAAAUUGGUCUCUGAAGAGAUUCAAGAUGGACCGACAGGGUGUGACCCAGGUGCUGUCUCGCUUGUCAUACAUAUCUGCACUUGGCAUGAUGACAAGAAUCUCUUCCCAGUUUGAGAAGACAAGGAAAGUGAGUGGCCCUCGUUCUCUGCAGCCGUCUCAGUGGGGAAUGCUCUGUCCCUCCGACACACCUGAAGGAGAGUUGUUAGGUAACAUCCUGGGUGUCAUUCGAGACCAUAAAAAGCUUGUCAGCACAUUCCGGCUGAUGCGAAGAGCAGGCUAUAUCAAUGAAUUUGUUUCUAUCUCCACAAACCUUACGGAUCGGUGUGUUUAUAUUUCCUCUGAUGGCGGGCGCCUGUGCAGGCCUUAUAUAAUUGUCAAGAAACAAAAACCAGCUGUCACAAAUAAGCACAUGGAAGAGUUGGCUCAAGGCUACAGGAAUUUUGAAGAUUUCUUACAUGAGAGUCUAGUUGAAUACUUAGAUGUGAAUGAAGAAAAUGACUGUAACAUUGCACUCUACGAACAUACAAUUAAUAAAGACACUACCCACUUGGAGAUUGAACCCUUCACUCUGCUUGGUGUUUGCGCCGGCCUGAUCCCAUACCCUCAUCACAACCAAUCUCCAAGAAACACCUACCAGUGUGCUAUGGGCAAGCAAGCCAUGGGUACCAUUGGAUACAAUCAGCGGAACAGAAUUGAUACACUUAUGUAUCUACUAGCAUAUCCACAAAAACCCAUGGUUAAAACAAAAACAAUUGAGUUGAUAGAUUUUGAGAAGUUGCCAGCCGGCCAGAACGCUACUGUUGCCGUGAUGAGCUACAGCGGCUAUGACAUUGAAGAUGCUCUGGUUUUGAACAAGGCCUCUCUGGACAGAGGUUUUGGACGUUGUCUUGUGUAUAAAAAUGCUAAGUGCACCUUGAAACGAUACACCAAUCAGACCUUUGAUAAGGUGAUGGGUCCCAUGUUGGAUGCUGCUACCAGAAAACCCAUCUGGCGACAUGAAAUUUUAGAUGCAGAUGGCAUUUGUUCUCCAGGUGAGAAAGUGGAAAACAAACAGGUGCUCGUAAACAAAUCCAUGCCCACGGUGACUCAGAUUCCUUUGGAAGGGAGCAACGUGCCACAGCAACCACAGUAUAAAGAUGUGCCCAUCACGUACAAAGGUGCAACAGACUCCUACAUCGAGAAAGUGAUGAUCUCUUCCAACGCUGAGGAUGCUUUCCUCAUCAAGAUGCUCCUGAGACAGACACGGCGCCCAGAGAUUGGGGACAAGUUCAGCAGUCGCCAUGGACAAAAGGGUGUUUGUGGCCUGAUCGUCCCCCAGGAAGACAUGCCGUUCUGUGAUUCUGGCAUCUGUCCCGACAUCAUAAUGAACCCACACGGCUUCCCAUCGAGAAUGACGGUUGGAAAGUUAAUUGAGCUGCUGGCUGGCAAGGCAGGCGUGUUAGACGGCAGGUUCCACUACGGCACUGCCUUUGGAGGGAGUAAAGUGAAGGAUGUGUGUGAAGACCUCGUUCGCCAUGGUUACAACUACCUGGGGAAGGACUAUGUCACCUCAGGCAUCACAGGUGAGCCCUUAGAAGCAUACAUCUAUUUUGGACCUGUGUACUAUCAGAAACUGAAACACAUGGUGCUGGAUAAGAUGCAUGCCCGGGCCCGAGGACCACGAGCUGUCCUUACCAGGCAACCCACCGAAGGGCGGUCUCGAGAUGGCGGCUUGCGACUUGGAGAAAUGGAGCGGGACUGUCUAAUUGGCUACGGAGCGAGUAUGCUUUUGCUGGAGAGACUAAUGAUCUCAAGUGAUGCCUUCGAGGUUGACGUCUGUGGGCAGUGUGGACUCCUGGGAUAUUCUGGCUGGUGCCACUACUGCAAAUCUUCGUGCCACGUGUCCUCCCUCCGCAUCCCGUAUGCCUGCAAGCUGCUCUUCCAGGAGUUACAGUCCAUGAACAUCAUCCCCAGGUUGAAACUGGCCAAGUACAACGAGUAAGGUUCUGCGGUGCUCACGAGGGUACAGUCAGCCGGUGGCCUGUGCAGCCUGAGGCAGGGGCUCUCAGUGACUUCUGUGCUCAUUCUGCUUCACGGAGAACUGAGGAGGCGGAGAAGGAGGAAGAGGAGAAGGAACCUAGAGAGAGUACCAACGCCUGUUAAUUUUGUUGUUCUUUGUUUGUUUGUGUUGAGUGGGAAUCUCACUCUAUCCCAGGGUGGAUUUGAACUCACCUCAAUUCUCCUGCCUUUGUCUCCCAUAAGUGCUGGAAUCAUGGAUAUGAGCCAGCAUAUCUGGUUUGUUUAUGUUAUUAUAUUUUAAACUGUACUUGUUAGAAAAACCUUCCUUUAAGUUCCCUCUGAUGUCUUCUAGUUAACAGAAUCCUGGGUUCUCAUCAGAUGUUGAGGAGGUAAAGAAUCAUUUGAAUUGGGACUAAGACGUUAGCUCAGUCAAGUGCCUGUUGCAUAUGUAUGACCUGAGUUCACACACACCCCCCCCCAGCAACCCAUGUAAGGCCUGGGCGUGGCACCCAGCACCCAUGUAAAAGUCGGAUACUGUGGGUGGGGAGCAGACAGACCGACCCCUGGCACUCUCUGACCAGCCGGUGUAACCAGUCAGUACACUUCAGGUUCAGUGAGAGACCCUGUGUCAAGGGUUAAAGUGAAGAGUAACUGAGGAUGACCCCAGAGUCCCUCUGGCCUCCACACACAAAGAAUGGGUAGAUUCUUGGGCACAACGUUUGCUGAGGUGGGAAGAAGUAAACUGACUCUCAGAGGACAGCAAGUGACACAUGUGACUCUGGAAGGCCAGCGGCCACAGCCCGCCGUCACACCAGGCUUGCUGGAACGUGAUCUGCGCAGUCUACCUUUGAAGAGCCCCUCCUACCUUCUUUUGAUCCUCUAGGAUACCUAGGUCUAAUCCACAGACUCCUGGUCAUUCCUUCAUUUCCUGCCCGUUCCAUUGCUACCAGGAAGUUCAUUGUCCACACUCUCAGUUUGUUCUUAACUGAUGUGCCCUGGCUCCAGAUAAAUAUUUAUACAGAGAAUUGCUUAGAAAGAGAGUGUGUCUUUGUGUGUGUGUGUGUGUGUGUGUGUGUAUCCCAGCAGCAUUGUGUGUGCAGAUGAGGCUGAGGAGCGAGCUCGAGGACUUUUCAGAUCUACUCACCCCAGGCUCAUCCAGAUGAGUCACCGACUUGAAGACUCAACCCUGUUUGUUUUCUUCUCAAUAAAGAUGUGGCCGU